AUGACUCUCAAAGUGUGUACAGAGUUAAAAGAAGUUGAUGGAUAUUUGCCUGAUAAUUUUAAUUUCGAGAAGGAUCAUAAACCUGAUAAUAUAUACAAUUAUUAUUGUAAAGUUAACUAUAUAAAAUGGAAAAGAGAUUGUAUAAAUGUCGGUCAAGUAGUUAGUGCUGUUACUAUGUUAUUACUUAAUAAAUUAUUCGCUCUGAAUAAAAAUCUAGAAUCUGAAAAUAAAAAUAACGAAUAUAUCACGUAUGUUAUGCUAUGGUUGAGUAAUAAAAUGAAACUACUUACAAAAGGGAGCUACGGAAGCGUGGCAGAUUUUUUUGUCACGUUUAUAAAAGAUAGUAGAAACUAUAAAAUAUAUCUUGAUAAAAUCAAUAAAAACAAAAAAAUAAUGUAUCUUGAAAUUGAUAGAAUGCGUAUACUUUAUGGGUUACUUAAAGAUCUGUGUAAUGCAAUUAUUAAAUAUAACAACGAUUCUUCAAUUUCUGAUUCUUCAAUUUCCGAUUUUUCAACUUUUGUUAACAAUUGGGAAAAACAAUACAAACAACUUGUUGAGAAAAAAAAAAAAGUUUUUGAAGAUGAGCAUUAUUGUAAUGUAUUGAUGACUUUACAAAAUGCUUAUCAGAAAUUUAAACAAAAUAAUAAAAUCCAAAAAAAACUUCCAGAAAUUACAGAGGUAGAAAAUAUAAAUUAUUGUAAGGAAUUAUGUAGCAAAGCAACAAGUUCAUCGAAAGUUAUACAUGUAGAGUUCCGAGAUAUAUUGCCUGAAGAAAAAGAUUUAGAGGAAGACAAAGAUAUCUUGAGAUAUAUGGAUGUUUUUAAAAAUGGAUUUAAAACGUAUAGUUUAUAUUUUUAUAUUUUUUUUACUAAUAAUGUCAAUGACUUAUAUAAAAAGGCGUUACCAACCUUAAAAGAUCUUUACUGUAAAUUUAUAAAUUUUGCUGAUAUCACAAUUGGUGAUAUGAAUGAACAACUUAAAAAGGCAAUAGCAACUUAUGCACCAGCUAAUUGUAUAUCUGAGGAAAAAGGCCCAGGGGAUAAACCACCAUCAUCUCAAGAAGAUCCACCUGGACCACCUGAACCAUCUGACCCAUCUGACACAUCUGACCCAUCUAAACCACCAAUUUCUAAAGUACAAAUUAGCACAUCGCAUUCGUCUCCGGAUUUAUCUGAAAAUGGAGGUUCUGAAAAAAACGAUUACAAAACAUCUCAAAUAUCAGAACCAAGUCCAGUGAUGAAACCAAAAGUUCCAGUAUUCGAAGUAGCAGUAAAUGGAACAACAGAAAUAGGUGAGAAUCCAUUCAACGUAUACAAGAAAAUGGGAAUUUCAAUUCUAAUUCUUUUAAUACCCAUUGCUUUAGUUAUUAUGUACAAGUAUUUGCCAUUUGGAUGGAGAAAGAAAUCGAAGAAAAAAAAAAAGAUGAAAAGGGCUAUAAAUAUGUUUGAUAAAAAUGAAACAACAGAAGGAGUUAUAAACCCAACUGAUCGAAAAAAACCAAUGCAAAUAAUUAUAAAUUUAUCUACUCAAAACAAACAGGGUAAAAAGUUUAUAAAUUCAUCUACUCCAAAAAAACAGGAUAAAAAGUUUAUAAAUUCAUAUACUCCAAAAAAACAGGAUAAAAAACUUACUAAUUCGUCUACUCAAAAAAAACAAGAUAAAAAACUUACUAAUUCAUCUACUCCAAAAAAACAGGAUAAAAAACUUACAAAUUCAUCUACUCAAAAAAAGCAGACUAAAAAUUUUAUAAAUUCAUAUACUCAAAAAAAACAGGAUAAAAAGCUUACCAAAUUGUCUACUCCAAAAAAACAGGAUAAAAACGUUAUAAAUUUCGUUUAUUGGGAAAAAUAUCCAUUAUUAAAUAUAUAUAAACUUAUGAAGGCCGAUCCUGUACCAUUUAUUAUUUUAUUUUUGUUGUUUAUUUUUUAUGUUUAUAAAAGAAAAGGCGAUUCUUUAGAAUAA